UUUUAAUUUGCUACGCAGCGGACGGAUUGCAGUGGCAACAGUUGUUUCUACGUUUGGCGAACUGCAUCGGAUCGCCUCCAGCGGCUCUUAUCAGGCCUGUUUAGUGUCGUCGUCGUCGCCGUGGACUGGCAGCAAGGCGCCUGGUCAGUCGUUACUCAUCGUUCGAGGCAAGCGGUUACAACUAAGACAGUCAAACAGAUUAGCCGAGCAAAAUGCUGGACGCGGAGGUGCGAGAACUUAUGCAAGCCUUUGUGCUUAGCGAUUACCAGGUGCAGGAGGUGUACAGCCGUUUCUGCCUGGAGGUGGCGCGGGGCCUGAAGCGCUCCACCCAUCCCCAAGCCAAUGUCAAGUGCUUCCCAACCUAUGUCCAGGAUCUGCCAACGGGCGACGAGAUGGGCAAGUACCUAGCCCUAGAUCUCGGCGGCACCAACUUCCGGGUGCUGUUGGUGUCGCUAAAAGGACACCACGACGCCUCGGUGGAAUCGCAGAUCUACGCCGUGCCCAAGGAUCUGAUGGUCGGGUCUGGCGUGGACCUAUUCGAUCACAUUGCUGACUGCCUUGCCAAAUUCGUGGAGAAGCACAACAUGAAGACGGCUUACCUACCACUGGGCUUCACUUUCUCGUUUCCCUGCGUUCAGGUGGGCCUGAAAGAGGGCUUACUGGUGCGCUGGACUAAGGGAUUCGACUGUGCCGGAUGCGAGGGCGAAGAUGUGGGUCGCAUGCUACACGAGGCCAUCCAGCGACGAGGAGAUGCCGACAUCGCAGUGGUUGCCAUCCUCAACGAUACCACAGGUACUCUCAUGUCCUGUGCGCAUCGCAAUCCCGACUGUCGGGUGGGCGUCAUAGUGGGCACGGGAUGCAAUGCCUGCUACGUGGAGGAAGUGGAGAACGUGGACCUCCUCCAUCCCGAUUUCAAGAGGACGAAAAAACAGGUUAUAAUUAAUGCCGAGUGGGGAGCCUUUGGUGAAGGUGGCCAGUUGGACUUUGUUCGUACGGAAUACGAUCGCGAAGUGGACGAGAAGUCCAUUAACCGAUCGCAGCAGCUGUUUGAGAAAAUGACUGCCGGCAUGUACUUGGGCAACCUGGUGCGCCUCGUCCUACUGCGUGCCCUCGAGCGCAAGCUCAUCUUCAGGCAGAGUAGCCGGCGGCCAGAGUUCGCCACGGUCCUGCAGAAGCAUCAGGACGUCUUUGAGACCCGCUACAUUUCCGAGAUCGAGGAUGACACUUUCCCAGAAUUUGCCAGCACGAGGAGCAUCGUCAAGAAACUAUUUGGUAUCGAAAAGGCCUCCGUGGAGGACUGCCAGACGCUGAAGUACAUCUGCGAGUGUGUAGCCAAGAGGGCAGCUACUUUGGUGGCUAUUGGAGUGAGUGGACUCAUAAACAGAACCUCCAACAAGAGCGUGGUGGUCGGCAUGGAUGGCUCCGUCUACAGAUACCACCCCAAGUUCGAUGCCUACAUGAGGGAAGUCCUGGUGAAGCUGGUGAAGUCGGACAAGGCGUGGGACAUAAUGCUAUCGGAGGACGGGUCUGGACGCGGGGCAGCACUGGUAGCAGCUGUGGCCAGCAAAACCAAGUAGUCACUACUUACUAGUAAAUUAGAGAAUUUCAAUAUUAAAGAGCUUGACUUACA